CACCGUGGUGCAAGCUCGACUGCCACUUUCACCAAUGACUGUAUAUCGUUUACGCCAUGUUGCCACCGUCCCCACCACCCAUCUCUAGGCGUGAACGUACGCAAGAUGCUGAUGCUGCCGUUCGCCAAACCGACUCUGAUGCCGCGUUGGCUCGAUUGUCCGCAGUCAGGAAGGGUUACCUCACAGACUCUUUCAUCGGGCACCUGGUUCCACGAUCGCAAUUACAACCACCAAGAUCCCCUCUAAUAAAUGUCGGCACAUACGUCCGUUCAUACUCGAUCGAUCACCUCGUGGAAGAGUGGAUAAAUAUCUCUAAGCAAGAACACAAGCCAUGCCAGAUCGUAAGCUUGGGAGCGGGGAGUGAUACACGCUUCUGGCGAAUUGCUACUGGGCCGUACAAAGAUCAUUUGCGGGUUUACGCUGAGCUGGAUUUUCCUGAGGUUACAGUGAAGAAAGCGAUGUCCAUUCGCAAAAGCAGUCAGCUUGGCGCAGUGCUUGGAUCGCCCGAAACAGUAUCGUUGGCUCAAGGCGGGAUGGCACUACAUUCCCCUAAAUAUCACCUGCUGCCCUGUGAUCUACGGAAGCCGCCAUCCGAGGUUCUUCCAUCUCUCCUCGGAGAAAUUCUUUCUCCCAGUUCACCGACACUUCUACUUUUUGAGUGUGUGCUCGUAUACAUGUCACUGGAAGCCUCUUCGAACUUGACUCAGUGGUUUGUGGACUACUUCGAUUCCAAUUCUGUUUCUUCAAACCCCGGGGUUCUCGGUGCGAUCGUUUAUGAGAUGUUUGGUCUUCAGGACAGUUUUGGUCAGGUUAUGAUGAACAAUUUGCGGUCCAGAAAUGUCUCAUUAAUAGGGGCGUUGCCUUACCCCACAAUAGAAACGCUCCCUGAGCGUUUCAUGCGGCACAGUUUUACAGUGUCUAAAGCCCUUACUCUUCGGGAAAUUCGCGAAAAGUUCAUACCCAAGUCCGAGCUUAUGCGAAUAUCCACCUUAGAGAUGCUGGACGAAGUCGAAGAACUUAAUCUCGUCCUGGAUCAUUAUGCUAUCACGUGGGGCGUCAAGUUAGACCCCGUAUCAAACUCGUCGAGCGCCGCGUGGACACAGUGGGGAAUAAGGAUGGUUCCAGAUCUGCCAGACGAGCGCGAAGCACGAUGGGAGUAGUACUUGCGUCCGCUCCUUGGAUGGGUUCUACAGUACUUUCUAGUUCCUUGCUAUGGAUCAUUGUUGACUACUUGCAUCAAUCUGUGAAGAGUUCAAGCAACAUGAUGUACAUGUUUGUGUUCGUCACUUACCCUUAACACUGUCAACUUCCCCG